GCCCAUUUAAGUGGGCCGCUUCGGCGGGUCUCCGUUAAGUGGCCGCACCGCAGCGUACGUCUGAGCCUCACCAUGCCGCCGCCGCCGCCGCCGCUGCUGCUCGCGCUCCUUCUGCUGGUCGGACUGCGCGUCGUCUGUGCGGACGCGGGAAACGUGACCCGAGGAGCCCGCCGAGGCCAGCGCCACUCGGGGAAUUUCGCGGGACGCUACGAACUGGCGGGGGUGCGCUCGUUUGCGGCGCAUCAGAAAGCGGCCACGCGCAUCAUCGGCGGUCAGGAGGCGUGGGCGCACUCGUGGCCUUGGCAGGUGUCGCUGCGCUUGGCCACCAUGCCGGCGUGCGGGGGCGCCGUCCUGGCGCCGCUCUGGGUGGUCUCGGCGGCGCACUGCUUCAAAAGGUACAACAAAGCCUCUUUCUGGACGGUCCUGGCUGGAAAACACGACCUGGAUGACCCCGACGAGGAAGGACAGCAGGUGCUUCCGAUCGCUCUCCGGCAUAUCGCGGCGGCGGCCUUCGCGUUCUACAAGCGUGCCGACUCGGCUCAGGUGGCGGACGUGUCGGCGAUCGUGAGCCAUCACCGCUACCGCCCCGGGAGCAAAGAAUUCGACGUGGCUCUGCUGAGGCUGGAGAGAGCCCUCGCCUUCGACCGCUUCGUGCGACCCAUCCGGGUGUGGAUGGCGCCGUUGCCCACGCGGGAGAAGUGCACCGUCACCGGCUGGGGGGCCACCCGGGAGAACGGGCCCCGUGUGAGCCGACUGCAGGAGGUCAACGUGACCGUGAUGACCUUGGACCUCUGCCAGAGCUACUACAAGAGCAGGAUCCGAACGCGCAUGUUCUGCGCGGGACGGGAAGCGGGCGGAGUCGACGCGUGCCAGGGCGACUCCGGCGGUCCCCUGUCCUGUUACGACGGCGGGCGCUACGGCCUGGCGGGCGUGGUGAGCUGGGGCGUGGGAUGCGGUUGGGCCAGGAAACCCGGCGUCUACACCAAACUCCAGGAACACGCCGCGUGGAUCGCAGACGUCAUCGAAAACCAGGACGUGGCCUACGACCUCGAGCCCAGCGAAGAGCAACGGUGCGGCCGGCGGGGAGAGGCCGUCUGUCGGAACCUCCCGGGCCCGGCCGGCCUGCGGGUGCCGCCGGCCGGCCCGGCGAGAGCGGAGAACCUGACGGAGGCGUGUCCGGGGGCGUGGCCCUGGCAGGUCAGCCUCCAGGCCAACGGCGUCCAUUACUGCAGCGCGGUUCUGAUCCGCCGCCGCUGGGUGCUGGCGGCGCGACACUGCGCCGUCAGCGCGGGAGAGGACGUGGCAGUCUUGGGGGGGCACGACCUGGGCCUGUCUCUGUCCCAGAGCGUCCCCGUGGACCGGGUCUUUGACCCGCCCCAGGAAGACGGCUUCCCUCCCAAAAACGACCUCUCGCUGCUCCGCCUCGCCGUUCCCGCCAGACUCGGCGCCGGCGUGACGCCGCUUUGCGUGGCCGAAGAGGACGAGGAGCUGGAUGACGGCUGGAGGUGCAUCAGCGCCGGCUGGGGGGCCACGUCAGCCACCGCCGGCCUCAACGCCGAACGUCUGCACCAUGCCGGGGUUCCGCUGGUGGAGCGCGCCAAGUGCCGGGCCGAGUGGGGGCGGGACCGAGUGGACGAAGGCCACGUGUGCGCCCACCCUGUCGCCGGCGCCGCCUGCGCGGGAGACUCUGGAGCGCCGCUGUUCUGCCAGAAGCACGGCACCUACUUCCUGUUCGGGUUGCUGACGUGGGGCAGUCGUCGCUGCGACCCCGGCAAGCCGGCCAUCUUCUCCAAGGUGGCCGAUUACCACUCGUGGAUCGGCGAGGUGACGGACGCCUGAGGCGGCGCCGAUUCAAAGCAUUAAAGUCCGUUUUGCCAUCCGA